AUGAAACUUCACAAAUCUGAGACAGCGAAAAUUUGCAAAAAGCUUCUCAAGCCUCAGGUGGAGAGACGACGCAGGGAGAGAAUCAAGCACAGUCUGGAGCGUCUGACAGCCCUGCUGCUGAAAGAACCACAGCAGUAUCAGCGUAGAGUGGAGAAAGCUGAGAUCCUAGAACACACGGUUCUCUUCCUGAAGAACACUGGUGAUGUGGACAGAAAGAAGGUGGAAGUUGGACAACAUUCCUUUAAAGAUGGGUUCUCCACCUGCCUGCAGAGAGCUGCACGGUUCCUGGGCCCUGAAGGAAAGGGAUUGCUCAAUUCACCUCUUGCUGGUCAUCUUGUUAGCCAGGCUGUUGUGGGUGUCAGAGCUCCAGUUCACCCAUCUGAUAUUCUGACCAGCAUGAAGAGCCCUCCGUCCAAACCUAAGAUGAAGAUGCAGGAUUCUGGGUACCCACAGCAGGUUUGUGGCCUCAACAGGAACCAUCAUCAGUCACCCCAACAAAGGGAUGCCAAUGUUCUCUAUCAUCACCAGUCCCAGAGCCAAGCUAUCUCAAAGGCCCAGAGCCUCUCAGCCAGCCAGGCUGUGUGGAGACCUUGGCCCUGAUCGCACACAAUACUGGACUGAUACUGAACUUGAAUUCAAAUG